CUGCAAACGGCUUUGCCCAUUGAGCGCAUUAUGUGGGCUCGACGUUUAGGUCGAGCCACACCUGCUUUGGCGGCUUGUGGAUGCUUGGGAUUGUCGAGUUACGAUUUUGCUGCGAGAAGAGUUCGCUGCGAAGCGUCAUCACCCACCUUCUCUGUGGGCUCCUACAAUGUGCUCUGCACAACUUAUGCGCUCAAAUGGAAGGAGCGGCAGGGUAUGGAUGCCAAUGGCAAUUCCAAUUGGGCUUUGAGAUGGCCAGUGAUGAGAGACAUUUUAAAGCAAGCGAGCUUCGAUGUGCUUUGUCUCCAAGAGGUGGAGAAGACUGACGUUGAUUCGAUUGUGGCGGAUCUUGGUCCAGAGUACAAGUCUCAUUACUUCAAGCAUCCGGAGAAAGGGCGACCACCAGAUGGUCUCCUCAUCGCUGUGAAGAGCAGCGUUUGUGCUGCUCCAUCAUGGUCAGAGCGGGAUUUCAAAGGCAAAGUGAUCUUUGGAGGAGUCGAUUUUCAGCAUCCGUGCGGCGCCCGCAUCCGAGUGAUCACUGGCCACAUGAGAGGUCGGAACCAGGAGCAGCUGGAUGCUUUUGGUGCGUUUGCUGCAGAGGGCACAGCGCAGAUCGAGGUCAUCACCGCUGACUUCAAUGAAGACUUUCAGGAGAGAAGUGCAGGCACUGUCCCUUGCCCGUUUGACGGCAAGCACGUGACUUUGCGCAGGGCACCAGAUCUUCCACAGGUCUCACGGCCAGGAAACAAACAGGCCUGGGCUGAAAUGCCGCAGAGCAAAUCCAAAGAGACACGGAUUGUUCAACUUCGGCCAGGGCUGAAAAUUGAUUACAUUUGGGUCCGGGAACGUACACAGGAUUUUCAGACUGAACUUUUCUUUGAUGAAGCAUCUCGACGAGCCAUCAUAGACUCCCACAAAGACUGUGAAGCAACGGGGGAGUGGCCUAGUGACCAUGGCUGUGAAGCCCUGAGCAUCCGAUUGCGACGGAAAGCAUGGUGGCAAUUCUGGAAAUGAGAAUCUGUGGAUAUCUGCGGCACUCGUUUCUGAAAAAGAGUGCCUUGC